CCUUCCAGCCCUUACUUACGUUGUAAAAAAAUUGAGCAGGUGAUCACGGAGACUAAUAACGGUUUAAAUAACUUGUAAACAUUAUUACACACAAACUUGAGAUUAAAAACACAGUGUCUUUUACGACGAAUAAACAACCCGUGAGUUUUUUGUUUAAUAAAAGUUUAUUUAUAAAUCCGGGAUGUGUAAAAUAAUUAUUAGUGUGUUUAUUGAGUGAUUAUUUAUAAAAAUGGCUUUUGGAUCCGGCGACGCAAAAUGUAUUCCUGACAUCGGCAAUCAAUUGAAUAAUUUUGAGAUAAAUAAUGGCAUUAAUUAUUCAUACAAUUGUCGCUCCAUUCAUCACAUUGACGAGAAUCAUGAUGUCAAUAGUUACAACAACAACAAUAAUAAUAACAAUAACAACAAUAGCAGCAAUAAAAAUAUUAAUAGUAAUCAAUCUCGGUCGGGGGAAAAUAAUGAAAUAAAAAAAAUAGAUGUUGCAACUAUGACAGAUCCUCUGUCAAUUGAUUUUCGGAAAACUUCUGAGUACUUGGCUCGCUGUUCGAAUUCACUUGGUGUCUCACGAUUUGAUUCUUCACAUUUAAAUGAUCUGCCAAUUUACCACUGUCCAGAAUGUCCAAACAAAUUUGAAGACCGUGAUUUAUUCAACGAGCAUUUGGAAGAUCACAAACAAAGGCCUCACAUCUGCGACAUUUGCGGUGCUAGUCUAAAACGCAAGGAGCACUUGGACCGCCACAAACAGGGCCACAACAAGGACCGACCCUACAAGUGCUCGCUGUGCUGCAAGGCCUUCAAGCGGAACGAACAUUUAGCUAGACAUCAAAUUAUUCACUCUGGUAACAAGAACCAGAUUUGCUCAAAGUGCGGCAAGGCUUUCUUCAGGAAAGAUCAUCUGAAAAAACAUAUCCAGAGUCACAACAGCAGCGGUAAAUCUGUUGAGUCUCAGAGUAUUGAGAGCCAAGAACGCAAGGAAACUCUUGACAAUAUCGCGAUGAUGGUUAGACAAUUAAGAGCUCCGCCUUUUUCAAUAAUUCGUACUUAAAUUUGUGUUUUUUGAAAAAAAUUCUGGAUUUAAUUUUUAAUCAAAAUUUUUGAUCAA